GCUGAGAGGAAAAAAGCCUUAGCUACUGCCGAAGCUGCAAAGCGUCUCGUUAGCUCUCUUCACCGACGACCGUACGACUCCACGGCUUACGAUUCCGAUCCAAGUCGCCUAUCGCCGGCGACGCGUCUUAGAUUCUGGCCCUAACAGGAACUCGAAAACGACACUGUUUUCCUGUCAGUCCCGUGGCCAGAGGAUUCCGGGCGCGUGCGUUCGUUUCCGGCGACAAUUGGACUAGAAAACGGUGGCGUUUCAUCGUUUCAAUGUCAAUGUUCUAAGAAAUGGAGCAGGACGAGAAGAAUUCGGAUUUUCAACCGAAAAAAUUAGCGAGGCAAUUGGAUUUCACAGGCGCUUAUAGGGGCUUGGCGAAUGUGGCUUUGCCGGAAUGCCAAGACGCGCAGAAACAGUUAGAAUCUGAGUCUCAGACACAAUCGCAUUCGCAGUUAGAGUCACGUAGGCAUCCAGAACCGCAAAUAAAAUCGCCGGAACACUCGCAGCUGCAGCUGCAGCCGCAGCCACAGCCACAGCCACAGCAGCCUCGUUCACCGCUACAAUUGCAGCAGCAGCCACUGCUGCCGCAAUUACAAGGGCGGCCGCAGCUAGGGCCGAUGGUGAACCGGUCCCAUCCAAUGUAUAAACUUUCGCCACCAACAUUGCAAGCUGCUAAGCAAGAGUCCCCUACAUCGAGACCGCGGGCUAACAUUGAGGCCAAAGACGGCACUCCAAAGAAAAAAAAGCAAUGUAAUUGCAAAAGUUCUCAAUGCUUGAAGCUGUAUUGUGAGUGCUUCUCUGCUGGAAUUUAUUGUGAUAAUUGCAACUGCAUAAGUUGUCAGAAUAAUGUGGAGAAUGAGGCUGCUAGGCAGGAGGCAGUUGUUGCAACCUUAGAGCGUAAUCCAUUUGCAUUCAGGCCUAAGAUCGCGUGUAGUCCUCGUCGAUCUCGGGGUAGUAUGGAUGAUUCAGCAGUGGUGGGAAAGCACAGCAAAGGAUGCCACUGCAAGAAAUCGGGCUGCCUCAAGAAGUACUGCGAGUGCUUCCAAGCCAGUAUUUUGUGUUCUGAAAACUGUAAAUGUGUGAGCUGCAAAAAUUUUGAAGGAAGUGAAGAAAGAAGCGCUCUCUUUCAUGAGGACCAUAAUACAACAAUCUACAUCCAACAGGCAGCCAAUGCGGCCAUUAGUGGAGCCAUUGGAUCCUCCGGUUAUGGGAUCCCUUUGGCAUCCAAGAAGAGAAAAUAUGGGAAACUCUUUUCUGGGAUAGCAGCCAAAGAUCAAUCCAUUCACACGAGUCCACAAUGUCAACAGGAAAAUAAUUUAAAAGCUUCUGUGGCUUCAUCUCUGUUAUCUUCAAAAUUUAAGUACAGAUCUUCAUUGGCCGGCAUCCUCCAACUACAGGACAUUAAGGAUCUUUGCUCACUUUUCGUCGUACUUUCAGACAAAGCUACAAAGACACUUGCAGAGGCGACCAUACAGUGGACAGAAAAAAGUGACAAAUUGGAUAGGCAAAAAGAGGGGGAGAAUGUUGAAAUUUCUAUUGAUUUAUCCACUCAAGAGAGCAGAGAUGGUAAAAAAGGACACAUUAGUCAGAACGCAAUUUCUGAUGACCGUCUGAGUUGGAAUCAAGUGGACAGAGAUGGAACCAGUGAUUCGGGAUCUGAUGGAACUAAUAUAGAUGAUGGUAGGCCAAUGUCUCCUAGAACGCUUGCAUUGAUGUGUGAUGAACCAGAUACAAUAUUUAUGGCAGCUGGGUCACCAGAUGGGGUGGCGGGCCAUGGUCAAAACACGAGUCAGAAGUCAUCUAAUGGGCAUGUCUUCACAAGACUUUAUGCAGAGCAGGAAAGGCUUGUUCUGACCGGGAUCCGGGAUUUUCUGAACCGGCUCAUAACUUGUGGCAGCAUACAGGAGACAAUGCCUUUACCAUUAGCCAAAAAUGAUAUGGGAAGCCAACAAAGACCCGCAGAAAAUGGAAAGGUAAAAUCUGGCAGUGAAACGGCAAGUCAUAAGGAGGUAUAUGACAACGGCAUUAUAAAAUCUCCUGUUACCCAACUGUCUCCAGAAGCCAUUGCAGUCACUUGUUGUAACAAAGACCUGUCUUUAAAGGUUGGGUUGCCUGAUGGAAAUGGGGAAAAGAUAGAACCAAUUACUGAUAGGGAGUCGUAGCUAGAGAAUGAAAAAUUAAAUUAUAUAUAUAAUUUUUCUCAUUGAAAUUCACCCAUGGUUUACUGCUCGCUUAGAAGUUGAAUCUAGGUCCUCUUGUUAACAUGUUCUUGUUUGAAGAAUUAAUGUAUCUAGUCCCUUUGGUUGAUAUAACAUUUAUAUAAUCAUAAUGUUAGAAUAAUUUAUAUUCUAUAUUCUAUAUUCUAUUCCUUUCCAUUGUAGGGUUUAUUUCC